CUCUCUCCCCCCGCUCCCAUUCCGCCUCUGUCUUCCAGCCGGUUCGGUUCUCUCUCUCCGUAACGGGUUUCGGUUCUGACUCCGUCUGCCCCCCCCUUCCCCGGACCGCUCCACCUGCUCCGGUACUUCACCUGGAUUCCUCCGCCGCGGCGGGAAACGUGUGGAUUCGGAGCGGGAGACUUCAGGGAAGAGCCCGGGAACAUGGAGAGGCGCGUGCGCGCGCUCGCGCUGCUGGCGGUUCUCCUCUGUGUGGGUCAGAGUCAGGCCCGGAUCGUCAAAGUGCCUCCUGGUCCGUUGGUCAGAGUGGAAGGUGAGCCGGUCUCCAUCAGGUGUGAUGUCACGCAAUACGAUGGACCUCGUGAGCAGGAGUUCGACUGGAUCAUGUCCAAAGAGGAUAAACGGCGGAUCAACAUCAUCUCCACCAUGGAGAGCGACUUCACGGACGCCGCGCUCAGAAGCCGCGUGGCGUCCGGCGACAUCACGAUAAAGCGGCUGCAGGAUAACGUGGUGGAGCUGAGGGUCAAAGCGGUGACGGCGCAGGACUCUGGGACCUACUGGUGCAGGACGCCCAGCACAGACUCAGUGACCUCCGGGAACUACGAGGCUCAGGUGAUCCUGACAGUCAUCCCCAAGUCCCUGAAGGUCUCUCCUCAAGCCCCGCCUCCAGUGGUUCCAGAGGGAAGUGACCUGGUCCUGGCCUGCAACGUCACCCGGGACCUGACCCACUCCACCUACCUGUCCGUCAGCUGGUCUGUGAAGAAGGCCGCCUCCCCCGAGGAGCUCCUCACCUUUGGUCCUGGGGAGGGAGUGACGGUGGGAGUGGGCGUGGCUCAGAGAUUCUUGGACGGGGGCGUACGCUUCCUUCCUGGCAGGAACGGCGUCUUUCAGCUGGUCAUCUCCAGAGCGAUGGCGUCUGACAGCGGCGUGUACGGAUGCACCGGCACCGAGUGGACCAGCGAGAACAGGAAGUGGGUCCAAAUCGUGCAGAGCGUGACUGAGAUGGGGCGGGUCACGGUCACGCCCACAGACCAGUCCCUCACCGUGAAGACCUCCUCCCCCUCCUCGUCCUCCCUGCUCCUCUACCCCGGCGACACCCUGACCCUGACGUGCUCGGUUGCCGCGGAUACGCUGGACGCUCUGGCCCUGGAGGUGGGCUGGCUGGCGGACGGCAGAGAGCUGAUCCGGAUGGAGCGCGGCGGCGUGGUGAGCUCCAACUCCUCUAAGGGGGCGGGGCUCAGCCUGGAGAGGACGGGGGCGGGCGAGUACCGGCUGAAGCUGAGGGAGGUGAGCGGCGCGGACGGAGGGCGGUACGCCUGCAGGACCCGGGCCUUUGUGAAGCAGGGAGGGGCGUGGCUCCAGACCGCCGACAAGACGUCAGACGCCGUGACCGUGAAGGUCUCCGAGAUCAAGCCAAACCUCACUCUGACCCUCAAAGCCGCUCUGGCCCCCACCACCACGGACGACCCCGCAGAGCUGGACUGCAACGUGAGCGCCAUCGCCCACCUGCCAGCACAAAGCCGGCUGGCCGUGAAAUGGGAGCACGCUCCAGGAGACGCCAACAAUCCCGCCACCGCUCACACCGUGGCGUCCUUAGAUGCUCACGGAAACCUGAUCCCAGGACCGGUGUACGCUGAGCGUCUGAAGGGCGGGGCCGUGGCGCUGAGCCGAGUCCAGCCCAACGCCUUCAAGCUGCGCUUCCUGCAGAUGCAGGACGUGGACAGUGGCGAGUACGUCUGCACUGUCUCCUCGUGGAGCGUCAGCAGCCAGGGAGACGCCACCCAGACCUCCGAGUACAAAAGCCCCCCCCUGCCUGUCCGAUGGGUCCGCAAAAACCCGGUGGUGAAUGUUGCUGCAAAAACGGUUCGUGAGGCGUCAGUGGGCGGGGCCACGUUUGAAAUGAGCUGUAAGGCUUUCCCCGAGAACCUGGAUGAUCCGGGAUUCUCUGUGGAAAUCCAGUGGCAGGACGGCCUUGGAGGGGACAACAAAACCAUCAUGACCCUGAACCCGGACAACGUGAUGCAGCACGGGCCGGGAACAGAACCCAACAGGAGAGAUGCUCUGGUUCUGACCAAGUCUGGAGCAGCGGAAUUCCGGUUCCGCCUGGCGGGCGUGCAGCUCUCCGACAAAGGCUACUAUUGGUGCAAAGUCACAGCCUUUAAAAAACAGAAGCCGGGCCAGACCUGGACCAAAGUGGUGUCCUCCGAGUCCAACAAAGUCAGGAUAGAUUUUCAGGAAAACGGUCUGUCGUUUUCCAUCAACCUCCACUCCAACUCCAGCAGCGUUUUCCCGAUGGAGACCGCCACGAUGGAGUGUUCGCUGACGCUGUCGGGGUCGUCCCCACAAACCGGUAGUGUGGCGUACGAAGUCAGGUGGUACUUCAGCCGCCUGCGAGGGGGCGGAGCACCGGUCCUGGUGGGCUCCAUGAGCCGCUUUGGCGUCGUCAGCAAGGCGCUCCGGAACUCCUCCAGCGACGUUUCGGUGGAGCGCAAAGACGCCGACAGCUUCCUGCUGAGCAUCCACGGCACUCAGUCCAGCGACAGCGGCGAGUACCAGUGCUUCGUCACGCCGUGGUACGUGUCGGCCGCCACGGGAGCCUGGACCGAAGCCGGAGAGCUGACUUCCAGCAGACUCUUCCUGACGGUCAGGUUUGCAGUGUGGGACUCCCUGAAGCUCCCGCUCCUGUACGGCGCCGCCGCCUCUCUGGUGGUGGGCCUCCUCUCGGUGCUCCUCGGCCUCCUCUUCGCCCGCUGCUGCAGGAACGGCGGCAGGAGUGGCGGCAGGAACGGCGGCGUUCCCAUUCUCUUCCCGGACAAGGACUGACAUACACCCCCCCAACCACCGUCCCACCGCGGCGCCAGGAAGAAGCUCCACCCACUCCACAGACACACGCCCAACAGCGACUUCUGGGACACCCAGCUGGUCGCGGCCGACGGGCGGUGGGAGUGAGGCGGGGCUUCGGGGGGGUGCUCUGGACUCUGCAGUGGGGGUGUCGGGGGGGUCUAUGGGGGGGUCUGCUGGAGACUUCACUGCCAGCUGGGAAAAACGGAUGUCUGCUGGAGAAAAGCCGCUUUUCUUCACGCGCCGGCGUCCAGACUGUGAAUCCUGCUGGGGGGGUUGGCGGGGGGCGAAAACUUUUCCUCCUGUCGGCUGAAGGUGAACAUCCUGUUCCAAAGUAUUCAGUCAGCACUGGAGGGGCCGCCCCCCCAGAACGUUCCUACUGGAACAGAGAACGGCGUUUGUUCUCUAACAUAGAUUUUAAGAGAUUUUCUAACUGAGAGAUGUGUGCACGUGGGCGUGUGCACGUGGGCGUGUGCACGGCCCUGUCAGCCGUACACGGUCAGGCUGUGGUUCUUGUGUGUGUGCAUGUGUGUUCUUUCUGUUUGUGGUUACAUGUUUUGGCGCCAAGCGUCCAUCCAGCACGCCGUUCCACUUCCUGUUCACCACUUUUCAAUGUAAGCCGUCAUGCUAGCGCCAGCUAAGCUAACGGGCGGCGCCGCGGUUCUGGAGACCACGGAGAGGAAAGAACAUCUGAUGGAAAUGAUGACUCAGCAGAAAGCGUGGCUAUAUUUGAGGCGCCGUCUCCCUGGACGGCGUCCGUCAGCAGAGCGGCGCUCCGGCCGGGUUCUGCCGGUUCCCCAGAAUAGAAACGGAGCAAAGGUGAAGGAAACAGGUUUGGAAAGGCGGGAAGAGUCCUGCUGGUGUCCGUCAGCAGCUUUUUUAUAGAAACAUUUCAGAUUCAUACAGGAAGUCUUUGGGAAAACGGCGGCGGCGUUUCCUGGAAACAAACUUCAUUUCACGGAUUUUAAGGUCAUGUUUGGAUUCAUGGAGACAAAGAUUCAAUAAAAUCAUUUUAUAAACAUUUAAUAAA